GCACAGCAUGAGUUUCAUUUAUUGACACCAUCAGCAUCAGUCAAUACUUUCGACUUUGGGGUGGAAAGGACCAGAAUCAUCUUCAAACAGGAUGAAACUGCUGGAAAUUAUUUUGCUUGCAGUCAUUUUAGUUGGAAGCUACCAAACACAGGCAUUCAAGCAAAAACAUCAACCGCCAGAUAACCAAGAUGGAAAUCAGGGCAUCCCUGAGCAAUGGAAAGACAAAAAAUCUUCUAAACAUAUGAACACCAAGCAGCUAGUUAAUCCAGAAGAAAAAAAAGAGCUUGGCAAACAAAGACAUAAAAAAACAGGACAUGAAAAUCAUGAAAAGUUUCCAGAGAAAUUAGCCACACUCGAGAAUGUAGCUGAACCAGGGAAAUAUGUGACAAUAGAAAUACACAGAAGGUCAGGGAAGCCAGGAAAACAUUAUAAACAUGGAAAGCCAGGAAAGCCCACAAGGCCAGGAAAGCCAGAGAAACCAUAUAAACAUGGAAAGCCAGGAAAGCCCACAAGGCCAGGAAAACCAGGGAAACCAUAUAAACAUGGAAAGCCAGGAAAGCCCACAAGGCCAGGAAAGCCAGAGAAACCAUAUACAUAUGGAAAGCCAGGGAAACCAUAUAAACAUGGAAAACCAAGAAAGCCAGGGAAACCAUAUAAACAUGGAAAGCCAGGAAAGCCAGGGAAACCAUAUGAACUUGAAAAGCCGGGAAAGCUUGAGAAAGAAGAAAGACCAGAUGAAACAAGACUCUGUGAGAAUUAUGAACAACCAGAGGAACCAGAGGACCCGGAGGAACUAGAGGAAAAAGAGGAAUUAGAGGACCCAGGAAAACCAGAUGAACCAGAGGAUCCAGAAGAACAAGAGGAGCCAGAGGAUCCAGAAGAACCACAGAAUCCCGAGGAUCCCGAACCUGAGAAUCCUGAGGAGCCAGAAGAACCAGAGAAUCCUGAGGACCCAGGAGAACCAGAGGAUCCACAAAAUCCUGGGGAAACAGAGGAUCCAGAGGAGCCAGAGGAUCCUGAAGAUCCUGAAGAACCAGAGGAGCCAAAAGAACCAGAUGAUCCAGAAGAACCAGAGGUUCCUAAAGAACCAGAGGAUCCAGAGGAGCCAGAAGAACCAGAGAAU